AUGGAAAUCUAGUACGAAAAAGUGUCUUAUGGGAAAGUGUCUCAAGAAAGGAACUCCCAUAAAGAAGUGUUGUUUGGAGAAAUCUGUAGUUUCCUGAUUCGGUGUGUUGGGUUUUUGCAAAUAGGUUUUGUUUGAUUGCGAGUGAAACAGAGGGAGAAGCAAGGUCCUUGUUGAGCACAUUAUCCAUUGAUUUGAUAAAAUUGUUUUCUUGGGUCAGGUAUCUAGCCAUGUGUGCUGGCACAUGCAUCGACAAGUCCAAGGCUUUGAGGUUGUAAAUAUUCUUGGGAAACUGACAGCUUUGCUAUCUCCAAGAGAAUCACAUGCAGAUAAUGAAUAAUAAAAGGUUCCAUGCCAGAGAAAAAUACAACAAACAAUUUGGUUUGAAGUUGGAUUCCAUGCUAGCAGAGUUCCUCUGCAGUGCAAAGGAACUUGAUCUUCCAAGAAUCAGACAUCAUCCUUAUCAGGUUUGAUGAAACAUGCUCAAAACUUCAAACAACUUGUUUUCUUUGGGGUUCUGGUCAUGAUCUUACAACUCUUGUUUCACAUUGAAAAGCUAAACAUUUCCCUCCUUUUCUUCUUGUUUGACAUUUUAGCAACUGAUUAAAAAAUAGGAAGUAGGGCACUUGGUGAAAGUUAUUACCUAAUACCUUAAAGGGCUCUUAUGGCACCACAGAUUCCUGUAUACCACAUUGAAACUUAUCUCUAACUUUGCUCUCACAAUCUGUAUUUUAAGGCAAUACAGAUUGAAAACAUUAUCUGCCUCUUUCUUUUAGUCUUUUCAAAAGACCACCUCCUUAUUAACAAGAAGUAUAUCUUCUUGCAGCCUUUUCAUUUGGUUUGGAUUUUACACGAAAAGUAUAUUUCUAGUGAAUGAUCAUGGUGAAAGUAACAAAGCAACAGAUCUGUCACAAACUGUGUUCAAAUUUUGGCAGUUUAUUAUCACCAAUCGUUCUGGUUCUUGUCCUUCUGUUUUCAAUUUUCAUUUUCUUUUCAGUUUCUGAAUCCUCUCCUUCCCUUCUUACCCUGCUGAUUGUUCUUCUAUCUACCAUGUUUCUUGUCACAAUGACAAAGAAAAAAGGGUCCUUACAUGAAAAUCUCGUCCAAGAUAACCAGAAGAAAUUGGAAAUACAGCCUUCAUUAGAAGAAGAUAUUACUAGUACUACCCAACAAAGUGAAACUUCUCAGAGCCAAGUUCAAGCACAGUCAGAGUCCUCAUUUCCAUUAGAUUGUGAAAGCAGAAACAUCACUGAUAAAGGUUUUGAAGUCAGUGUUGAGAAGUAUGAGCAACAAGCUGAUCCAAAGUCAGAUACUUCACUUCCAUCAGAUACUGAAAGCAUCAGCAGCUCAACCAUGAGUGGAGAAAGUUCUGAGAUUCAUCACAGUAGAAAUCAAAAUCUUUAUAUAUCUGAUAACUUGGCUAUUUAUAGUGAUGAUUGUGAUGAUUAUGAUGAGGAGGAGGAUGGCUUGAUUGAAAUCAAACUUCCAAACAAUCACUUUUCAGAGUUCUGGCCAGAAUGCUUUUUCAAACAGCAACGUUUCACAGAGCUCUUGGAAGAAAUUGAUGAGAUGAUUGAGGAUGAAAACUUAAUUGAGAUUGAUAUCUCAAAGGGAUCCACAAAACACCAAGAUUUGAGAUUGGAGAAGGAGUUUUCUUGAACUUUAGCAUGAUUUUGUUCUCUUUUAUUAACUUGGCCUAUUGAUCUUUAGUUUCAGUUUUACAAUGAUGUGUUAUAGCAGUUUUGUCACAUUAGAUAGCAUAAUAUGAUUAUGUUUUGUUUGAAUGCUACAAGUUACAAGAUGAAGGUAAAGGCCAUUUUUAUUUUUGUUGGAUAAGAGCUAUAUUCUUACACCUUCAAA